UCUUGUUGGCGCUCAUUUUUAGCCGGCUUUUUACAUUUCGUUCUGUUACUUCAAUUUCUUUGUUACGAUUAAUUUGAGGUAUAUACACAGCGAUCAAAAAAUUAAGAUGUCGACAGCGAAUGGCGUCAGUUCUAGUGAAGAUGCCGACAUAAACGAAUGCGAUGGAGAAAAGGUUGUCACAAUGAUGGAUGUCUUGCAAGAACAACAGGAAUUCGAAGAAGAUGCGAAUGCAGUCCUAGGAGCCUCCGACGAUAAAAACUGCACUUACUCUAAGGGCUACAUUAAACGUCAAGCAAUCUAUGCUUGUCUCACUUGUUGUGGUGAAGCAAGAAAUGACCCUUCGAAACGAGCUGGCAUAUGUCUUGCAUGUAGUCUUGCUUGUCAUGAAAACCAUGAACUUGUGGAGCUCUAUACUAAAAGGAAUUAUCGCUGUGACUGUGGUAACUCUAAAUUCAACUCUCAUCCUUGCCAGUUCACACCUGACAAAACAGAACUUAAUGAGGAUAAUCAUUACAAUCAAAACUUCAGUGGAUUAUAUUGCACAUGUCAUAGACCAUAUCCUGAUCCUGAAAAUCCAAUUGAUGAUGAAAUGAUUCAAUGUAUAAUUUGUGAAGAUUGGCUUCACUCUGAACAUUUAGAAGCUACUGUGCCUACUAAUGAAUAUGCUGAAAUGAUUUGCAAAGGUUGUAUGGACAAAAAUGAAUUUAUACAUGACUAUAGUGAUUUUGCAGUCAAUAAUGAAUUGACUGAAAUUGAAAUUGAUGUUGUGACUGUUAAUGGUUCUCUUCAACCAAUAUCACCAGAUGGUCCAUUAGAAACUACAGAUGAUGAUGUUAAAGAAAACAAAGACAAAAUGGAAACUGAUACACCAGAAAAUGAAAAAAUAGAUGUUUUGUCUGAAAAUAAAUCCUGUGUGGAUGAAAGCAAAGUGGAUGAAAAUUUAGAUAGUACUAACAUAUCUAAUGACAUUAUGAAGACGGAAAAAAUUGAUGAUGAACUACCAUUGCAUACAAAAGACUCUGAAAAAUUGGUAAAAACAAAUACGGAAGUAGGAUCUAAUGAUGCCAUAGUACAAUCAGAGUUUAGAUCAAAUGAAAGUAACGAUAAAAAAGAGGACAUAAGCAGUAGUGAUAUAAACAAGGAUAUUGAAAUGGUGACCUGUAAAAAUAAACCUGAUGAAUCACCAGAGGUAUCUGAAUUCAAUUCGAUAGAAGAACCUAAUAAUGUUAUUGAUAAUGAAGAAAAGCUUACUGAAUUCGAUCAAUCAACUACUACUGAUAAAGAAAAUGAAGAUACAAUGGAAUCCUCUAAUAUAACUUUAGGGAUUCAGGAUUCAGACAAAACUAUUGCAAAUGUAGAAAUUAGUGGCAGCCAUAAUGAAACCACAGAUUUGAAAAAAAAUGACAGUAACAAUGAAAAAGAGCAGACAAGUAAUAGUAAUGUAAAUAAAGAAUGUGAAGAAAACACUUUAAAUGAAAAUCCAAUAGAGCCUUCGAGUACAGCUUCUGAAAAUGAUAUAAAUAAAUCAUCAGAAAAUGUAAUACAACCGGAUACUAGUAGCAUUAGUACAGAUUUUGAAAAUAAUAAGGAGCCUAAAGUUAGUGACAGUAACCAUGAAAAUGAGCCUAUAAGUAGUAGUAACAUAGAUAAAGAUAUUGAAAUGGAGUCUAGUGAAAGUAAAUUGGAAGAAUCACCCAAAAAAUCCGAAUUGGAUAAUGACAAUGAGAAAGAAGUAACCAGUGAAGACAAAGUUACGUCUAGCCCUGUUGAGAGUAUAACUCCUAAAAAUGAAACUGAACUUUUGAUUAGAAGUGACGCAGAGCCUGUUGAAAAGGAAACUGCAUCUCUUGAUACUGCACAAACGAAUGCAGAGACUGUACUUGUUAAAAAUGAAGUUUCCCAGAGUGAUGAAACUCUUGACAAAAAUAUACAAGAAAUCAAAGAUUCAGACCCUGUUGAAAAGGAAUCUGCAUCUCUUGAUACUGCACAAACGAAUGUAGAGUCUGUACUUGUUGAAAAUGAAGUUUCCCAGAGUGAUACAACUUUUGACAAAAAUAUACAAGAAACCAAAGAUUCAGACCUACCAAAUGUUUCAGAAAAUAAAAGGAAACUGUCAACUGAGCAGUCUAAAGAAGAAAUUAAAACUAAGAAAGCCAAAUUAGAUGAAUCUAAAAAAUGCGUUAAACCACAAAACACAAAAAGAAGAUAUAAAGGUGCCACAUUUUGGCCGUCUAACUUCCGCCAAAAGCUAUGUACUUGUAAUGAAUGUAUAUCCAUGUACAAAGAUCUAUCAGUAUUGUUUCUAAUUGAUCCUGAAGAUACAGUCACUGCAUAUGAAACAUUAGGAAAAGAAAAGAUAAAUGGAACUGCGGCCUCUCAGUAUGAGAAGGGGCUUGAAGCAUUGUCCUCAUUGGACAGGAUUCAACAAAUAAAUGCUUUAACUGAGUACAAUAAAAUGAGGGACAAAUUAUUGGACUUCCUGAAGAGUUUCAAAGAUCGCAAAGAGGUUGUCAAGGAAGAAGAUAUAAAGGCAUUCUUUGCAGGAAUGAAGCCCAAACGUGCGCCCGACGGUGUAUAUUUUUGCCGAUAAGUUUUAUAAAUAAGAAUUAAUUUUAUAUCUCUCAGUUUCUGACUGACAUUCCCUUUUUAAUAAUUGAACCUUCUUGUAGAAGUCACAUUAAUAUUUAAUUAUAAUCUUUUCUUUC